AUCAACAUACCGAGGAUCAAAGCAGCACGGAAAUUCUCAGAUUAGACGAAUUAUCUCGGACUUCUCUUUUUGAUUUCGAUUCCUGUCCUUUUGUACAACCCACUUGAAUUAAGAUGUCUUCGAAGCGUAUCCCAAAGAAAGAUUUACCCGACGAUGAAGCCUUAGACGAAGUAAAUAAACACAUCAAAGACGCUUUCGACAUUCUGAAGCGUGAGACGAACAAGCUUCGCAAGGAAAGAAAUGCGUUUGACGAGGUGGCAAAGAAGCUCGAGCAUGUUCAUUUCUCGACCAUGCUGAAACUCAACGUCGGAGGCCAUUUUUUCUCCACAAGUUUGGCGACUAUGACUAAAGAUCCAGGUUCCAUGUUACAUGCCAUGUUUUCAGGCAGAUUUGACACAAAACCUGGCGAGGAUGGAUCUUACUUCAUCGAUCGAGAUGGAACACACUUCCGACAUAUCUUAAAUUAUCUUCGCACUGGGAAACUCGUCUUACCGGACGAUAAAGUCGUUCGCAAGGAGUUGUUAAGCGAGGCAGAAUUCUAUCAAAUCGAUGGGAUACUCGAUGAGUUGAAAGCAAAUCCGUUUAAAGAUUCUGCAAUUCUCUCUUCAGAACAGCGCGAAACCUUGGUGGACUGGUUGAAGCACACUCGCGAAAGCUUAGGCGACGAUUACGUGUUGUUAUACCGAGCUUCUCGCGAUGGAUGGAGCGCCUCUAACUUCCACUCCUGUUGUGAUAACAAAGGACCAACAGUUACAGUGAUAAAGAGCGGAAAUUACAUAUUUGGAGGAUAUACUGAGCAGCCAUGGCAAUCAUCAAAUACUGCACCGUACAAAAGAGCACCAGGUUCUUUCCUGUUCAGCCUUGUCAAUGCCAGUGGCUUGCCACCAGCAAAGAUGCCUUUGAUAGAUGGUAAGGAAGGAAAUGCCAUCUACUGCCACAAUAACUGUGGUCCAGUAUUUGGAGCUGGACAUGAUCUUUGCGUUCCAAAUUGUCCAAAUUCCCACAACUGCUCCGUUAACCUUGGAAAUACAUACCAGUGCCCAGCAGGUCAGAAUGGUAACCUUUUCUUAACAGGAAGUCAAAACUUUGUUGUGAAUGAAAUGGAAGUUUUUGUGUUCGAAAAUUAA